AUGGCCACGCCAUUCCUCGUCUCAUACGACCCCUCGUCCCCCACCUCCGGACUCGACCUCAAGCAGAUCGCCUACUUCGGCCGCGUCCUAAUCAAGGUCGCCAAUCUUGCAGAGGCCGAAGAUUUCCUGCGUCGUAAUUUCCGUCUUCUCGAUGUCUACGUCGACGCGACCGCCGUCGCUUCCACCGGUGACCUCGUCGAUAUCCUCAAUGCCGGCGCCGCCAAAAUCUUCAUCUCGUUCGAUCAGCUGGCCGCAUUGUCCCAAGAGCAGUCCGUUCCUUCAUCGCGAAUUGUGGUCUACGCGUCCGAGAGCCAAGUGGAUGCCUUCCAGACCUGGGUGAGCGAGGAUGCAGAGCGGAAAGAAGCCGGUCUCUGCACCGACUCCCCCGCCGUCAAGACAAUCUCCGAGAGAUUGUCCAUGAACCCGGAAGCCCAGACCCUCUACCGUUCAUACUCGACGGAUGUCACGGAGCAAACUUUGAAGGACACUUUCACUCAGGGUGCCGUCGGUAUCGUCUCGUCCGCGGCUCUGACCCUCGAACACACUCAGCCCAAUGGCAAGAUUCCUGCGGCUUCCAUCAUCGCGGCCCGCGCCGUAGCGGAUCAAAGCAACGGCCUCUACGCAACCUCCGUGACUGACGAGAGAGGAACCUGUCUCGGCCUCGUCUGGAGCUCCGACGAGAGUAUCGCCGAAGCUCUGCGCACGGGUACCGGUGUCUACCAGAGCCGCAAGCGUGGCCUCUGGUACAAGGGCCAGUCUAGCGGAGAUGUGCAGGAACUGAUCCGGAUCGGUUUUGAUUGUGACAGCGAUUGCUUGGUGUUUACUGUCAACCAGGUCGGCCGAGGCUUCUGCCACCUCGGUACCGCCAGCUGCUUCGGUCCCUACAACGGCCUUUCCCGUCUGCAAAAGACUCUUCAAGCGCGCAAGGCCGAUGCCCCCGCCGGUUCUUAUACCGCCCGCCUGUUCAACGAUCCCAAGCUCGCCCAGGCCAAGAUCAUGGAGGAAGCCGACGAGCUGUGCCGUGCCAAUACCAAGGAGGAGAUCGCCUUCGAGGCUGCUGACCUCCUCUACUUUGCUCUCACCCGUUGUGUUGCCGCGGGUGUGACUUUGGAAGACGUGGAACGCAACCUCGAUCUCAAGAGUCUGAAGGUGAAGAGAAGAAAGGGGGAUGCCAAGGGUCCGUGGGCCGAGAAGGCUGGCAUUGCUCCUCCCGCACCUGCGGCUGACAGUCAGAAACCCGCGAAGCCCGAAGAUGACUCGAUGAAGAUGACUCGUGUGGUCACUGCCUCGACGUCCGUUGACGUUGUCAAGGACCACCUCAAGCGUCCGUCUCAGAAGUCGAAUGAGGCGAUUGUUGGAUUGGUUCGCCCUAUUAUCCAAGAUGUCCGCGACAAUGGCGACGCUGCUGUUCUGAAGUAUACCCACAAGUUUGAGAAGGCCACCUCCCUUACGUCUCCCGUCCUUCGCGCUCCGUUCCCCGCCGAACUGAUGACGCUGAGCCCCGAAACGCAAAAGGCCCUCGACGUUAGCAUUUCCAACAUUGCCAAAUUCCACAGCGCUCAGAAGGGAAGUAACGAAGCCCUUAAGAUGGAGACCAUGCCUGGUGUGGUCUGCUCUCGCUUCUCGCGACCCAUCGAACGGGUCGGUCUGUACAUUCCGGGUGGUACCGCGGUGCUGCCCUCCACUGCCAUGAUGUUGGGUGUGCCCGCUAUGGUGGCGGGCUGCAAGAAGAUCGUCUUUGCUUCUCCCCCGCGUUCGGAUGGCAGUAUCUCGCCGGAGAUCGUGUACGUUGCGCACAAGGUCGGAGCUGAAAGCAUCGUCCUGGCUGGUGGUGCGCAGGCGGUGGCGGCUAUGGCGUACGGUACGGAGAGUGUCACCAAGGUCGACAAGAUCCUGGGUCCUGGCAACCAGUUCGUGACUGCCGCUAAGAUGCUCGUCGCCAACGACACCUCCGCCGGCGUCAGCAUCGACAUGCCGGCCGGACCCAGUGAAGUUCUGGUGGUCGCAGACAAGUUCGCCAACCCCGCCUUCGUGGCGUCGGAUCUGUUGAGUCAGGCCGAGCAUGGUGUUGACUCCCAGGUCAUCCUCAUCGCCAUUGACUUGAAUGAGGCCGAGCUUCAGGCGAUCGAAGCCGAAGUCGAGAAGCAGGCCAAGGCCCUUCCGCGGAUGGACAUCGUCAAGGGAUCCCUUGCCCACUCGGUCACAUUUGUGGUGCGGGAUCUCGCCGAGGCCAUGGCUCUCAGCAACGAAUAUGCCCCCGAGCAUCUGAUCCUGCAGAUCCAGAAUGCAGAGGCGGCCGUUGAGCAGGUGGAGAACGCCGGUAGUGUGUUUAUCGGCGAGUGGACUCCUGAGAGUGUCGGCGACUAUUCCGCCGGUGUCAACCAUUCUUUGCCGACUUAUGGCUAUGCCAAGCAGUACUCCGGAGUGAACUUGGGCUCCUUCCUCAAGCACAUCACCAGCUCCAAUCUCACGGCUGAAGGUCUGCUUGGACUGUCGCAGACGGUGGAACAGCUGGCCGCCGUCGAGGGACUGGAAGCUCACAAGCGGGCCGUGAGCAUUCGCGUGGCGCACAUGAAGAACAAGCAAUGA